AUGCAGACAAAUAACUGGAUCAGAACACUACACCUUUACCCAGCCAUUGCGGCCGGAGAUGGCCACAGUCACGAUCCGGACGCUGUGGAAAAAGAACGAAUGGCCGUGUACAANCUAGUCGCAUUGGGCGGUGUCUACUUUUUCUUCAUGGCUGAGAAACUUCUGAGCUACAUUUCUGAAUAUCGGGCCGAGAAGAAAUUGGAGAAAGAAGAUCGUGAGAAAGCGAUGCAAAAUCCCCGUCGUUCGAUGGAGGUUAGACGGCUGAGCACAUUUCGACCGUCCAUCACACCCGGAUCACUGGCUGUGCCCGGUCAACCCAGACGAUUGUCGACUCUGGAUCCAGCCUCGUGUCGUCGUGCUUCUCGUGCUCUAUCCAUUGCAAACGAGGAUAUACUCACUACUGGGUUGAGCAGUAAAGGUACUCGCUUCAGUGUCUUUAUGCUCAUCUCCUCACUGAUUAUUCUAAUCCUCGGGGAGAACUUCAACACAAAACUUAGUUGCGAACAGGCUGUGGAUCGAUACACAAAUCUGAUCAUUUGA